CAUCUGGAGAAAAGGAAUUCGUUUCAAAACAGUUAAGGGCAUCGUCUACGGCCCGCAAGUAGAUCCAGAGCUGGAGCGCAAACAUCGACAUCGCUUCGCGAAGAUGAUCAACUACACGCCAACGGAGUUCGAUGCGAUUCGUGGCGAUGCACACGUCAGGUGGAUGAUCGAGGAUGGAUUAGCA